AUUCUGAACGGUCUUUGUAAAUGGUCGAUUUUCCUGUUUGCUGUUCUCCAUUUGCUGAGAGUGUAUAAUUUUGUUACAAUCCGUGCUCUGUUCUAGUUCUUAUUUUUUCUUAUUAUAAGUUAUUAUUAUUUUUUAUUUAAGCGUUUAAAGUUUGAUCCUCGAUAGUAGAAAUUCAUUAUUACUGCAUAAAACGACUUAGGUGGUACUUUUGCGUUUAGACGGGAGCCAUCUUGCAAUCUCUAAUCAAAGGUCCUUGGCUCACAGUUUCGUUGUCUAGUUGAAAGUCAGUUUAUUCCAUCAUAAAAUAAUCAAAUGGCGUUAAAACGAAUUAAUAGGGAAUUACAAGAUCUGGGCAGAGAUCCACCAGCACAAUGUUCUGCAGGUCCACACGGUGAAGAUCUUUUCCAUUGGCAAGCCACAAUUAUGGGUCCAGUCGACAGUCCUUAUCAAGGAGGAGUAUUCUUUCUGACCAUACAUUUCCCAACAGACUACCCAUUCAAACCACCAAAAGUUGCAUUCACAACACGUAUUUACCAUCCCAACAUAAACAGUAAUGGUUCCAUUUGUCUUGAUAUUCUGCGCUCACAGUGGUCUCCAGCACUCACCAUAUCCAAAGUGUUGCUUUCAAUCUGCUCACUCCUAUGCGAUCCAAACCCAGAUGACCCGUUGGUGCCAGAAAUUGCUAGGAUCUACAAAACGGACAGAGAAAAGUACAAUGAACUAGCCCGUGAGUGGACGAGGAAAUAUGCCAUGUGAUGAGUCAAUUGUGACGUCAGCAAACAUACACACACAUCGCCACAGCCCGGGCUCUAAUCCCAUUCCCUAUCCCUUAAUCCUGCUCCCCAAUCCUUUGUUAUCCCCAUCAAACCUAAAUUAACUGGAGAUUGUAAAAAUGUUCAUGGUCAUAUUAGGACCUGCCUAAUUUCUGUCGUAUAUUAUGGUAUUGCGAAUAUAUUGCAUCGUAAGUAACAGGUUCCCAUGUGCAAAUAUAGUUUCUGUUUUUAUCUAAUAAGAAACAUUUUCUAUAAGAGCAAAAUUAUUUUUUGUUUUACAUUGAUGUGUCAGUAGAUAUCUUUACACUUGUUUAGUUGAAGUUUAAAGAUUAGUUAAAUUUACAUCAAUUGAAUUUAUGUAAUUCCUAAACUAUUUGUACUUUAACUAGAUCUAAAUUGCAUUGUAAAACUGUACAAUAGCCAUAUGUUAGGAAAUGGAGCGUUCCUUGCUUACUACUUACUAAUUGUCCGGUUCACUUAGGAUUUUGUCAAUGAAAUGUAAGUAAAGCUCAUAAGUGUUAAGAACAUUUUGGGUAAUGUAAGUAAGUGGUAUCACAAAAUGAGCUCGUUGACGGAGUGAGUGUUAAUUUUUUUUACUAGAAAACAACUUUUUUUUUAAGUUAGUAAAUGUAGCGUGCUACAGACCAGACUGACGUUGAUUGAAGUGGUCAGUUUUCUUUCAUCCACAAUAUUUUAUGACAAUGGAAAACGCUCCAAUAGUUACAACAUUCAGUAUAAAUUACAGUGUAUCUCAUAAGAUGAUAAGUUACGAUUAAUCUAGAAUUUUUUUCAAUAUGGCGAUUUAUAUUAUAAUUUUAUCUAAUAUAUAUUGUGGUUGUAAGGAUACCUGCGUUGUGAUUUCCACGAUUGUCCUUUCCAUUGAACCAUCCUCGUUUCCUCUGAGUAAUUGAACAAACUUACUGAAGUGAACAGCGUCACGGCACGAGUGGCUAGCAUGGGUGUGUUAAACGUUACAGCUGCAGGCAAGAGGAAGCUUUGUUCACUUGAUCUAUCACUGGGAGAUUCAAAUUUAAAGCUUUUCAAAUUGUAAUCAACCAACAACUUGUAUUUUAGCUUCACUAAAUUGUAAGAAACAAUAAAUUAUUGUGUAUGUAAAUAA